CAACAGCAAACCGGGUUUCGGCUGUGCCCGGCGACGGGCCAAGGAGGAGCAGGCGAUGCUCUCCAUGAGGCCCCUGCAGGUUCAUGAGCUGAAUGACCUUCACGGUGUGGCCCCCCUCCACCUGCCCCACAUCUGUAGCAUCUGCGACAAGAAGGUGUUCGAUUUGAAGGACUGGGAGCUACAUGUGAAAGGGAAGCUGCACACUCAGAAAUGUCUGGUCUUCUCUGAAAAUGCUGGCGUGCGGUGUAUACUUGGUUCAGCAGAGGGAACGCUGUGUGCCUCUCCCAGUAGCACAGCCCUGUAUAACCCUGCUGGGAGUGAAGAUUAUGCCUCAAAUCUUGGAACGCCUUUUGCAGCCAUUCCGGCAAGGUCAUUCGCUCAGUCAAAUCCUGCAUUUCCUUUGCCUUCCGCGGGGACAAAUUUUGCACAGAGGAAAGGUGCUGGCCGUGUGGUGCACAUCUGCAAUCUCCCUGAAGGCAGCUGCACCGAGAAUGACGUCAUUAACCUGGGGCUGCCCUUUGGAAAGGUCACUAAUUACAUCCUCAUGAAGUCGACUAAUCAGGCCUUUUUAGAGAUGGCUUACACAGAAGCUGCCCAGGCCAUGGUCCAGUAUUAUCAAGAGAAAUCUGCUGUGAUUAAUGGUGAGAAGUUGCUCAUUCGGAUGUCCAAGAGAUACAAGGAAUUGCAGCUGAAGAAACCUGGGAAGACCGUGGCUGCUAUCAUCCAGGACAUCCAUUCCCAGAGGGAGAGGGACAUGUUCCGGGAAGCAGAGAGAUAUGGCCCAGAAAGGCCACGGUCCCGCAGCCCCGUGAGCCGGUCCCUCUCCCCACGAUCCCACACCCCGAGCUUCACCUCCUGCAGCUCUUCCCACAGUCCUCCGGGCCCCUCCCGGGCCGACUGGGGCAACGGCCGGGACUCGUGGGAGCACUCGCCCUACCCCAGGAGGGAGGAGGAGCGAGACCCGGCCCCCUGGAGGGAGAACGGGGAGGACAAGAGGGACCGAAUGGAGCCCUGGGCGCACGACCGCAAACACCAUGCCCGGCAACUGGACAAGGCAGAGAUGGAGGAGCGGCUGGAAGGAGGGAGGAGCCACCGAGAAAGGUACCCAAGGUCUGGGUCCCCCAACACGCUGCACUCUGCGUCCAUCUACAAAAGCCGAGAAGACAGCUACUACCGGAAAGAACUCAAAGCCAAGUCGGACAAGCACCUGAAGCAGCAGCAGGACGCCCCCGGCAGGUCCAGAAGGAAAGAUGAGGGCAAGCUGCGGGAAAGCAGACACCCCCAUCCCGAUGACUCAGGCAAGGAAGAAGGGCUGGGGCCAAAGGUCACUAGGGCCCCUGAGGGCGCCAAGUCCAAGCAGAGUGAGAAAAAUAAAACCAAGAGGCCUGAUAGAGACCAAGAAGGAGCUGAUGAUAGAAAAGAAAGAAAAAUGGCAGAGAAUGAGGAGCAAGACUGGGAGAGUGGAAGUGAGGCAGAGGGGGAGAGCUGGUAUCCCACGAACAUGGAGGAGCUGGUCACAGUGGACGAGGUUGGGGAGGAAGAAGAUUUUAUUAUGGAACCAGACAUCCCAGAGCUGGAAGAAACUGUGCCCAUUGACGAGAAAGACAAUCUCUGCCCAGAAAUAUGUCCCUGUGUGACGACCACCUUAGAGUUCACCAAGGAAGGAGUCAAGGCCAUGGGGAAUGGGGCUGCAGAAAUCAGCCUCAGAUCACCCAGAGAACUGCCUCCCAUUUCCACAAACUGUCCCAGUGACAUGGACGUGGAAAUGCCUGGCCUAAAUCUGGAUGCUGAGCGGAAGCCAGCUGAAAGUGAGACAGGCCUCUCCCUGGAGGGUUCAGAUUGCUACGAGAAGGAGGCACAGGGAGUGGAGAGCUCAGAUAUUCAUCUGGCCCCUGCAGUCCCACAAAUGUCUUCCCCCAAGCCAGCAGAGGAAGAGAGGGCCCUGCAGCCUAGCCCAUUUCUUGAGGACUGCAAGGCCAGGGGGACUCCCGAAGAUGGGGCUUGUGAAGGCAGCCCCCUGGAGGAGAAAGCCAGCCCCCGCAACGAGGCCAACAUCCAAAGCCAGGCUUGCGAAGAAGUGACCCCCGAAAACUCCAGGUACAUGGAAGUGAAAUCUCUGGAUGCAAGAUCACCAGAAUACACUGAAGUGGAACUGAAACAGCCCCUUUCUUUGCCUUCCUGGGAGCCAGAGGACGUGUUCAGUGAACUUAGCAUUCCUCUAGGGGUGGAGUUCGUGGUUCCCAGAACUGGGUUCUAUUGUAAGCUGUGUGGGCUGUUCUACACAAGCGAGGAGAUGGCGAAGAUAAGCCACUGUCGCAGUGCUGUCCACUAUAGGAACUUGCAGAAGUACUUGUCCCAGCUGGCUGAGGAGGGCCUCAAGGAGACCGAGGGGGCAGGCAGCCCGAGGCCUGAGGAUGGCGGGAUUGUGCCACGCUUCGAAAGGAAAAAACUCUGAGGCUUCUGCUGCUGCUGGGAGGUGGGAGAGGGAGGCCUGCCCAAGUGGGGCCUUCCUGACCUCUGGGCCAGGACUGAAGCCCGAAAGGGAGGAAAGCCAGGCAGGGCAUGUUGCUUGGGUCUGUUCCCAGAGACUCAUUAAAACACCCCCAAAGUAUCUCCAGGAGCCAAAUCACCCUGGCGUGUCCAGCCCGCCGAGGGUCACCAACUCCCUGUUGACUUCAGUUUCUCUCAAGCGAUUUUUCAAUUUGCUUCUCUCUCCCUCCCUUCCUCCCUCCCUCCCUCCUUCCUGCUGUGCCAAGGAUCAUUUCCUCUUCAUAAAAUCCAACUUCUCAGGGAUUUUCACAGUGUUUGAAUUUUUGAUAGGAUAUAACAGGUCAGGCCAGGCUGAGUCAUGCAAGGAAAUGUUUCAUGGAAACUUCUGGGUCAAGUGAACCACUUCAGUGAAUGCCUGGUGGUGUCUCUGCCUGGUGUCCCCAGGGAGAGCAGGGGAAGCCUAGUGGGACCCUGUGGUCCUGAAAAGGGGCCAUCACAGACAGUUGGCAGAAGCUGAGAGUGGCUUCCUUACUUCUUUCUCCAGCUAGACUACCUUUCAGAAAAGCCCCUAUUUUGAAGGACUCUUUCCUCUUUUCAACUAUUGUAUAAGUCUGCCAGAUGUAUGCCUUAAUGUAAAAUUAAAUGAAUUUUAGGGAGGAUGAAAAGAACCUUUCAUGGUUUUAGAAGCUCUAAUAAGUUUCCUCCAAAAGUAUUUCCCUCCUCUUGAUUUUGGGAGAUGUCAGGGUUUGUUCUGUUCUGGACAAUGAAUUUGGUAGAGAUUCACUUUAAUUAAAAGUGAAAACGGAAGCAUCUUCUGCCUCCAGCUAAACCAGCAGUUGGCAUGGCCUUAGAUCAGGCGCUGGCCUCUGCAGCAGGUGGCACUGGCUUGAAAGGGACAAUAACAAGGAAGCAGCAUCUGUCCUUGCCUCAACCUUGGUGUCUGCACUCCGGGGUACAACAGCCUCACAGUGGCAUGGUUUUCAAAUGGUUCUUAAAUGGGGGAUGAAGCUAAAGAAAGAGAAGGCUUGGAGAACUGAAAUGGAGCAUUUGAGGGCCCUUGGGGGUUGACCCAAUGCACAUUCAGACUUUGAUGUUAAGAUGUCAGAUGCCUUGUUCCCAGUGCUCAGUAUGGUACUGGAGGUCAGUGCCUUCAGGCCCUUGAUGGGCCGUGGGGUCUCUACCCAGACAGUCCAUGGGAAGGGUGUGGGACAAAAGUGCUGGGGAAAAUGAGGCUCUCCCUCAGCCACACAGCAGAUCUUGGAAAGGUCAGAAAGGAGCCUGGGGCUGUUUUCAGGAGCUGAGCUACUCCCCUGAAGGUGCCUUCCAUGGUUCAGCCUGGGAAAAAUAAAAUAAGAAAGAUGGGUCAUGCUCCUCUGGGCAGUUCCUGUUGUCUUGUCUGCAAUCGUGACUGUGGGCAGGUGCGCUGAGGAGGGAUUAUCUGUGAGAUUUUGUUUUCAUUUUUCUUUUUAUGGUAGGUCAGAGUACACAGCACAUUCUUUGCACUAAUGGAAGGAAGGUGGAGAGAUUAACUCAAUACCUUUUAUGUCAGGCAACUGAGGCACAGAAAGGAAACAAAUGUAGAACGUAAAAUAAACCUUGAAGCAUAUUGUCACUGGCAAAGAGAGAACCAUGGGAGUCCGUGGGAGAUAAGAGUUAAGGCAAGCACAGAGGGAAACAGACCAGUCUGGACAGGCGUGGUGAGGAGAGGUUGGAAGAAACAAGAAACCUGAGCUUGUCCUGUUAAAUAAGAUGUAUAUAAGGCCUCUGGUUUGGACUGAGGGCCUGCAGUAGGCCCAACAGACCAAACCAAAAUGGAGUCACUCAUGCUAAGGUUUCACAUCAGCAAGCCAAGACUAAGUUGGUUAUCUGACCUUUCAAGAAAUCAGGCGAGAGAGAGAGAGAGAAGAGCCAAAUCCUCCCAAAGGCCAGUUUUCACCAACAUGACAAAGAAGUCACCUCUGCUUUAACUUUUACAAGGAAAGUAACUUUGAAAUGACCAGUCUGGCUUUUGUUCUCUGUGUCUCCCUCCUCAGCCCGUUUCUGUCCAAAGCCAACCUCCCCUGCUCAGCUCAUGGGAACACUUGUUCUAGUUUGUAGAAUGAGGUGUUGCCCAGUUCUAGAAUCAAAAAUAAAAGCCAAUUAAGAUCUUCAAAUUUGUUGUAAUUUUAUCUUUUGACUAAGCCGUAUGGGAGUAUUAGGCAAGUUGGUAUCUCAAAUAGAAUAAAGUUUGAAGAUCGUGGCUCAGCCCAGAUUGUUCCCCUGGCCAAUUCCAUAGGUUUUAACCCAGCAUUCUGGACACCAGCGGUGCCUCCUCUAUUUCUCAAAAAGCCCUUGGCCCCAUGUGUCUUUCUUCCCACUGUGGGGAGGUCUGUGGGCAGCUCUUUGGUCUCCUAUCUGAACCUUGCUGGCAAGAGCCCACAUCCUCCAUCAGAGCCUGGAACCAUGCAUUAUCAGAGAGGCUGGGUGCUUUGUCUCCCAGCCAAGUGGGAACAGACCUCAGAGCUCACUUUCCUCCUCCCCCAACCCCAGCAGCAUUGCCAUGGAAAUCCAGAUGGUCUUGUUCCCUGGUAAUGUAAUGCCUCCCUUGCUGAUAGACUGACCUUCAUGCUGGAAAGCUAGAGAGAGCCCCAGGAAGGAGAGAGAAGAGGCUGUCUCUGCAUUCAGUCAGAACCUUCCAUUUAAAAUCAUCUAAGAGUCUAUACUUGUAUGUGUACAUAUAUGUAUUUAUUUUUAUUUAUUUUUAUACAAUUCCAUUGGCAUGGUCCUUCACCAACCCUAUAAUUUGCACUUUUUAUUCCUAUGUGUGUCACACCCGAUGCAGUAUUAAAGGCAGCCAGAAAAAUAUUGAUUUAUUUUUUAAAGCGCUCCUUUGGUGUUUUGUCAGCCAUUUCAAAGUGUCUCCCAGAAAAGGUUGCCCAAGAGCAGUUACUACCUUGAGCAACAGAUUCAUUUGUACCCUCGGUACAAUAUAAUAAAGGCCUGUAUAAUUUUCUUUUCAUUGUUGACACCUGAAAUGAAGGAUAUCUAGACAAUCUUCCCAAAGAAUUUUGUAAAUUUGACGUUGGUGUGAGCAGCAGCCAUUAGUAUCAGAGUUUCCCAUUCUUGGACAGUCGAGGCUGUGAUCUGUUCGAUUAUAUACUUGAACUGGACCAGAGUUUGUUUUUUGAGUUUAUGAGAAAAACAAAAACAUUAAGUUUGACCUUGUAAAGUAUCAAAAUUUGUCGUGUCCUACAAAUUAUCACCACUUUUCCUGAUCUGUAUAAUUGACUGCAACGUGUUUGUUUUUACAAAAGGAAAAAAUAAAAAUUUUUAAUAAAGAGAAUUUG